AUGCCAACCCCAACCCCAACCCAGCGCCCCUUCUUCGCCUCCUUCCUCGCCGCCUUCCGCGCCCACUCCUCCAUCCCCCAACCCAAAACCUCCCCCUCUCCCACACCCGCAUCCACGCAAUCACCAUCCACAUCACAAUCACACCCCACCUCGCACACCCAACCACGCACCAUCACCUCAAAGCCAGGUGCUACAUCAGCCGCACUCUCAACCCUGCAUUCCCCUCGCACCCAUUCCACCUCCCCGCGCGCAGGGCCAGAACGCCAAACAGAAGGUGCAGGCGCAGGAGCAGGGAGAUAUCCAACGAGGAGGGGCAGUGAUAGUAGUAGCGAAGGUUUCAGGGAUGUCCUGGGGAAGGAAAAGUGGUAUAUUGGUGGGAGAACGGCGACGGGCGAGGAGAGGUAUUUUAAGCUGGGUGUGGUGAGGCGGCAGAGGAGUGGCGAUCGGUUGAGUUUGGAUAGAUUGAGUUUGUGA